AUGUCUGUGGAAUUUGAUAAAUGGGACCCCCAGAAAGAAGAUUUCCAAGAUAAAGAAUUCAACAGCUAUGAUUAUGGCCCGGGAAAAUAUCUUGGCGGUAAUAAUUACAAAAAUAAAAAUACAGUUCGAUUACAUGUUAGUAAUAUACCACCACACAUAAAUGAGGAUGGCCUUAGAGCAUUGUUUGUAAAAACUGGUACUGUAACAGACGUCUGGAAACACAGGACUUUUGGUUUUGCUUUUGUAACAAUGGCAUCAUUACGAGAUGCUGAGUGUGCAAUCAGAAAGCUGAAUGAUUUUCAGAUUGAAAAGUACAAGAUUGCUGUCAAAGUAGCCAAAAAAGAUAAGGGAAAUGCUGGUCCAAUGCAGCAGAAAAAGUGGGAGGAAGAAAUUUUCAAAACACUUGACAGUGCCAAUAGCUUUUGCAAAGAUAAAGAUGAAGACUGGAAUAACGAUGAUUAUUGUACUUUCUCGGCUCUGGACCGGCAACCUAUGAAUUUAUGUCAAAACAAAGGAAGAAAGAGCAGUUUAUCAUCUAUAAAAAGUAAUGAUUCUAAAAAGCACCAGAAACCUUGCAAGAAAUGUGGCAAAUCAGGUAACAAACGUUGUUCCCAAUGUAAGACUCCUUACUGCAGUAUUAAUUGUCAGCAACUGGAUUGGUUUGAUAAUCAUCAUGAAGAAUCUAUCCAAAAGAAACCUGGUGAUGAGUCCAAUGCUGCUAAAAAAGCAACAAAAAUAUUUUCGAAAGUACAAUUGCCACUUCACGAAUCUUGUCAGGUCUUGGUGACUAAUGUUAUUAGUUACAAAGAUAUACAUGUUCAACUAAUAGAAGAGGCUAAUUUCAAAUUGACAACAUAUUUGAUCACUGAGUUAGCCAAAGCUGUAUGGUGUGCACUGGAUAUAUCACCUUCAAAGACUUCUGAUGAUGAUGAUACUGAUUUGCUUACCAAACAAGAAUUUAAAUAUGAUCAACCUUAUAGAUUAAUGGUGAUUCAAACUGGGGAACCAUAUCUAGUUAAGCUGUAUGAUGAUAAAGAUGCUGAUGUUGGAAAGAAAUUGGCAAAUCUGAUUGCAUCUAAAAAGAGUCAGGGUCAUUCUUCUGAUGGUUAUACCAGUGGUGUUGACAUUCAACAAAUUACAUCUGAUGCAAUCAUGGUGGCUGACAUAAAAAACAAAGCUGAACAUUUAAAACCUGGGAACAAAUACAACAUUUUGCCAUUCAAUGUCAUUUCUCCUGAUGAUUUUAUGGUUCAAGUGGUAACUCUGGACAAAGAUUUUUCUCAAUUCAAUCAGAAACUUCAAAGUUGUGCUCAUUCCUCUCCGCUAGUAUCUCAAAAGCUUGUUCAGGGUCAGCUUGUCCUUGUUCAAAAACCUCAAGGUCACUGGUGCCGGGCUGAAGUAAUGCAGAUUGAAGAUGCGAGUUUGACUGUUCGUCUUCUUGAUUAUGGCAGUAUAGAGACUGUACUUACUCACACUGUGCGUUCUGCUCCACCCUUCUGUCUUGAUCACUCUGUUAUUACUGUUCAUUCCAAAUUGGCUGAAAUAAAACCAGCAGAUAAAGGAUGGUCUCCAAAACUCUUUGCCGGUGCCGAUGUUUUUUAUUGUCAGCUGCUUGAUGAUACAGCUAUUUUACAGUAUUUUGAACUCAUGGGGCAGUUGGGCAAACUAUGUGAUGAGUCUUCAGAAGAACCUACUUCUCUACCUGAAAAGGGACAACUGGUUGCUGCUAAGUACUUAGAUGAUUGGUACCGUGCAAAAGUGAUUGAUACCCAUAAAGAUAAAGUGGAAGUUUUCUUCAUAGAUUAUGGUAAUGUUUCUUUGGUUGAUAAAGCUCAACUCCGAGAAAUAUCCUCUGAAAUAUUUGUAGAGUUUCCGAUUUUAGCUGUCCAGUGUUGCUUAACAGGAAUUUCCAAACAAAAAUGGACAAACGAAAUAAGCAAAUUUCAAGAUCAGACUAUGAAUGUGAAAGUGGUUCAGAAAGUCGGCAACAGUUAUCAAAUUAUAUUUGAGGAAGACCUUGAAGAUCAAUUAAAGAAUAAGGAUGUUCCUGUUCCUCCUCCUGCUCCUACUCAUAAAUCUGCAGAAGAUGCCGAGAAGGAAAGAAUUCAACGUCAAAUUGAGGAACUUCAGAAGAAAUUAGCAGCACUUAACUGA